CCGAAACAGCUUCAAAAUGGCGGCGUCUAGCGAAGUCCUGUAAUGAAACUCAGAAACUAUCGUGUUUACUGAUUUAUUCAAAUCUUGUACACGAAUUUGACGGUUUGAAAAAGUAUGUCGCUGUUAUGUGGACUGUAAUGUGAUUAACAGCCUCUGUGAGAUUUAUGUGAAACAUUGCUUGAAUAUCAAGAACUGACACUAUCAUCAGUAUGGAGAGAUGGCCUGGUGGACUUGGCCAGCCGGGGUUUCCCCAGGUCCCUGUGAGCAUGGGACCAGUGCUUGACCCCAGAUAUGCCAUGCAGAUGCGUGCCCCAAAUAUGAAUGGCUACCCAGUAAUGCCUCCGCCUAUGUCAACCCCAAUGAGUGGAACUUACCCCAUGUGGGACAUGGACAUUCAGAGUCAGAUGAUGAUGCAAACCAUGAACUUUGAUAGAUUGAUGGCAGAGAGACAAACAGGUCUCACACCAAAUCUCAACACUAGCUCAGCUAGCAUUAUUUCACAGAAGAAUGAUUCCAACAGGGAUAUGAUAGAACAGCACCAGGCCUUAGAACAGGCAAGGCUAUUGCAAAGAUUUAAAGAGCUACGAAACUGGCAACAGCAACAACAAGAAAUGCUCAUGUCACAACAACAUCAACAACUGAACUUGCUCAAGAAAGAGCAAGAAAGAAUGCAGAGUAUAAUAACCAAACAGCGAGAUUCUGGAGGAGGCAUGGUUGGGUACAGUGAGACCUCCACCCCUCCCCGUCGUCAGCUGCCACCGGGCACCAACAUCAGUGAGCUGAUGAACGCAAUCAGUCAGCAGCAGCAGGCACAGCUCACACAGUCGACAGGUGCCCUUCCAAAGCCAGUGAUGUACGUACAGCCAAAGGAAGAUGAUGAUGAGAUCAAGACCAAUCCAGACCUGUUCAGCGACACAAACUCCAACCGGGGCAGUCAGGCCACUGUGGAGGAAGGCAUGUUCCCCAUCCCAGACUCUGCGUCCGAGGCCAGUGUUGACGUGGGUGCCCUUAACCGGCCCACGAAACCCAUCCAGUACCAACAGAGGUUCAACAAGCAUGAACUGGAUGCGCCCAAGAAGCUGCACCGGUCGUUUGCAGAGCUGGAGGCGGACACAGAGUUCCUGAACCUGUCCUCCCAGUCACCAACCUUCCUGGACAUGCACAACGCAGUACAGUCCAGGCCCAAUGAGUCAAAGAUCACAGAAGAAGAGGAGGAUAGUGACCACUGUCACAGGGACCAUAGGCACUCUGAGGACGACAGUUAUGAGACAGAGGAGGAGGAGGAUACAGAGGAGGAACAGGAAACACAAAUAGAGGUGGACCGAGGGAUGGAUAUUGAUGAGGUGCCCAUACGACCAGGGAUUGAGGGGGGCAAGACAUUUGAGCAGCUUUUAGAGGAGCAACUAAAGGCAGAAGAGCAGAGGUUGAAGAAAACCAAUGAGGCAACAGAAUCUCCGGUAACAAAAAAGAAGACAUUUCUCAAGAAGGGUCAGGGUAUUGCAAGGUAUGAGCAGAAGCCUGGGACACGGCCACCAAGAUCUAAGAAACCACAGACUGUCUCAAAAGCAGCUACACAAAAACUGACAGAAAGUGCAAGCUCAGGUUCAUUGAAUACCAAGCGAGGAGGAAAGAAUACAUCAAAGCCACCUAGCAAGAGCAAAUCAGCAACCAGUCUUCAAAAGCCGGGCAGUCAGUCAACUCAGCAGCAAAAACCAGAACCUAGUCAUAAAAAACAAUCACAGUCUACAAAAAACCAAAAACAGGAUAAACAGGACAACAAGGACCCAAGGCCAUCCGCCGCUGGCAAUGCACCAGAGAAGCAGGUGAAGGGGUCGAGCACUGUGAAUGACGAGAUAAAACCCAGGAAGGCAGAGUCAUUUCCUGACGAUGCCUCCUUUAUUGCAAACAUGAAACAGAGGCAAAAGGAGUCUGAGCAAGACCUUGCGGAGCUGGAUGAGUUUGAGAUACUGGAGCAGUUUGCAGACAACAUGUCAUUCUGCAGCAACUCGUCCAUAGUGACCCGGGGUCUGAGGGGCCUCCAGAGUGAUCGCAUCCUUCCCGGGGUCGGGCCCAAGAACCCAGAUGUAGUAAGGCCAGUGAGCCCUAGGGCAGCUCUCAUAAGAAAACUGGAGCAGCAUAAAGAGGCUAGUCAGAAAAACAUGCCCCAAAACAAGUUGAAUCUAGUAAGACAUUCCAACAAGCCUGCCCUUCUACCAGAAUUUAAUAAAAAUGGUGCUGAAACACAAGUGGAAGUGAAACAUAUAAAAAGGAAAGAAGCUCCAAAGUCGAUGCCAAUUCAAGAAGAAAAAAGCGCGAGUGAGAGCAGUGACAGUAGUGAGUCCGACAGUGACAGUGAUUCUGACAGCAGUGAACACAGGGACUCUGGGGAUAGGACAAAAAUGAACUCCAGUCAUUCAGAGAUGUUGAACAGUAGAGGGAAUUGUCGCUUUGACCAUAUGGGGCAGUUAGUGUCUAGUGUUCAUGAGGGAUCAAAAAAUGAUUCAGUGUGUUCAACAGACAAAAAAUUGGUGCGGGUUCUGAGUUACACGGGUAUGACAGAGACCAGUGUGACAUCGGGGUCGGAACAGGAAUUUGAGACGGUCAGCGACUCUUCUUCUGAUUCUGAAACUACCUCUGAUGAAGAUUUUAUCAUAGAGGAAUCUCCUACAAAAGUGUUCACACGAAAAGUGGCUGGGCGCAAGGACGAUCAAACUAAGGCCACCCAUCAAAAUGGCAUUACUGAGAAGGAUUUCUUAACCACCAAUUUUAAUACAGGUUUAAUCACUAUGAGCUCUAAAUCACCAAUGGUUAUAUCAAAGGAAAAGAUGAAUCCUGUGACAGUUUUGAAAGAGGAAACAAAGUUUUCCUAUCAUUCCGACACUGAUUCUAUAGGUAACAAGAAGAACAGCAGUUACAGUGAUGAUAAUGAUGAUGAUGACAAAUCACAUAAUAAAGGUUCGCAAAAAGUGAUGAGUGAAAAGAAGGCACUUCAUUUUGAUGAUGAUGAAGAAUGGAAUGAUAAUACACCUAAUCCAAAACUGGGCAAGUCUAAGUUAGGUGAAACUGAGCCAGGCCAUGACAAAACUCUUAUAGAGGAAUCUAAGAAGCCAGACAAAGUUCAAGCUCCACAAGAAAUCUCCAGCGAUCAAAAGGAUACCCCACCCACUUCAAAACUGGUCACAAAAUUGUUUCCCCAGCUAAAACCAGUCCAAGUAAAACAGGAAGAACAGGACUUACAGAGGGUGAAGCAGGCCAGUCAGGCUGGCGGGGGAGAGGGCGUCCAGUCCAAGGUGCUCAGAGACAAGCUCAUAGAACUGGAGCGGGAGAUCGAGAAGUUCCGUAGCGAGAACGGCCAUCUUGCCAAGCUGAGGACGGAGCGAGAGGAGGGACUUGCUAAGCUGAAGAAGGAGAUUGAAGAGUUUGAGAGGGAGAAGGCAGAGGAGUUGAAGAGAUUUGAAGAGUUCAAGAAAGAGGAGCUGAAGAAACUUAAGCACGAGCGUAAAAUGUUUGACAAGUACCAGAAAGCAGCUAGAGCUGGCCCUGACAAAAAGGAGAGAGAAGAAAUAGAAAAUUUACGCAUGCAGUUGUCAGAGCUCCAGGAGGAAAUGAAGCGGAAGGAGUCACGCUGGACGUCCAACAACUCUCGGCUGCGAGACAAGAUGGAGGCCCUAGAGGCGGAGAAUGAGGAACUCAGAGAGGAACUCAAGAUGCUGGAGAAGAAACGCAUCGAGUGGAUGCAGAAAGACGACAAGAAUAAGUCACGGACAUCCAAUAUUAUAAGCAGUACCCCAGCAGAUGACCGCCAUCGAAGCCACAUGACUAAUGGGGAACAUGACUAUGGCGAGCAGCCAAUGAAUGAUUUGUCGAGUCACAGUGGAGGACUACAGAAGUCUCAGCCAGCUCACUCCAAGGCCUCAAACAUCCGGACCAGUGUCGCCCACUCGCACAGCUCCAACUCCGGCCCACCUCACACGUCCCAGGCCCCUCCCUCCACCCACCAACCUCUCACCACCCAGUCCACAACACACGGAAAGCAGUCAAACGUGAACCAGUCUACAAAGACGUCUGCUGCAGUGAAGACAAACCAGCCGGCCAAGAAGGGAUCCUACAAUUCCAAACCUGGUCAUGUAACUCAGGUACCUCACUGCAAUGCAAAGCAAGUGAAGCAUGCUGGUAAGGCUGGCAAUGGUUCAGGGAAGGUGGACCCCAAAAGCACACUGCGGAACUCAUAUGGGGAGGAAGUUCCUCGACAGGAGCUGGGAACCAUGGCUGCUCCACAGGAUGUGAGCAUAUAUGGUGAGCCAAGCAGUGAGGCCCCGGUACAGGAGCAGCCAUCGGUGCCUCGCAAGCUGGCAGCUGGGAAGUACGGGGUGGACCGUUCUGUCAUUGACAAGGGAGACCACAACGACUAUGAGGAGGUGCAGCACAGUGAUGGCAAGGUUGAGAGGACGUACCGGAGUGGUGCCCGGGAGAUUCUCUUCUCUAAUGGCACCAAGAAGGAGAUCUCCUCAGAUGGCAAGUCCAUCAUUGUGUCCUUCUUCAAUGGAGACAUCAAGCAGAUCAUGCCAGACCAGCGUGUAAUCUACUACUAUGCUGAAAACAAGACGACUCACACCAACUAUCCUGAUGGAUUGGAAAUUCUGCAGUUUCCAAAUGACCAGACAGAGAAGCUGUACCCAGACGGGACCAAGGAAAUCACUUUCCCGGACCAGACGGUCAAGUACAUCUUCCCUAAUGGCUCGGAGGAGAGCAUCUUCCCGGACGGCACAGUGAUACGCCUGGAGAAGAACGGAGACAAGACCAUGGAGUUCCCCAAUGGCCAGAGGGAGAUACAUAAUAAUGAGUAUAAGAGAAGAGAGUAUCCUGAUGGCACAGUGAAGACUGUAUACCCGGACGGCCGACAGGAAACUCGCUACUCUAACGGGCGACUCAGAGUGAAAGACAAGGAUGGCAACAUUGUUAUAGACAGGCUUUGCUGAGUUAGUUUGCUGGCUGUAUGACAUGCUUUGUUAAAACAGUUAAAGACAGCAUUGUUAAACUUCUCUUUCUGAUUUAGAUAUAUAUUGCUAUAUCAAUCAAGCUGUUAUAUAGACAGACUUUGCAGGAAAGUUUACUGUAAUUGCCGCAGGCAGAUAUUGCUAAACCAGUCUUACUGUUAUAGACUGGUAUUGCUAAGCAACUCAAGCUGUUAAAAUGAGGUUUAUGCUGAACCAGAAAAGCUGAUUGCAUCAAAUAGUUUUGACAAAUUACUCACUUUGACUGCACACAGCAUGUCGACUUGGACAGGUUUAUAUAAAGAUAUAUGACUACUAGCCCUUUGUGAAAUGAGACUGACUAAACCAAGGAAAGUCUUUCACAAUUAUAAAGACUUGGUAGUGUCCCAGUUAUGUCAGACGUGCUUCAAUUAAGUUCUUUUAACAGGAAUAUAAUGGCACACGUGGUUCGGGAGUAUAUUGCUCAAGAAGAUGACUGAUUUAAGUUAUCAUAAAAUAAAUGUACUCAAGUUUUGGAUGUUUAGAUGAUUGCAAGUUUUAUUUAAAAUGGACUUUGAAGUGCUGUGAUCUUGCUUAUAAAUGGGCAGCAUUCCUCAAAUGAUAGCCUUAUGUUGUGAGUCAUAAAUUAGUGUCUUAUAAUGUACAUUAAUUUGUAUAAAAACAUGCACAAAUAUUUAAAUACAUGUGCAUAUUCAUGUUGAGCUGUAAGCAUGAUGACAAAGUUAUUAUAGAAAAAGGUCUCAUUGUAUUAACUUAAAAUUCAUUAUUGAAGACCUACACCUGUUUAGGUUAAUAAUGUUUAAUCUCUCAUUGCUGUUUGAUGCACUGCUAGAUAUUGUGAAAAAAAAUAAUUCUGUAUUAAUGCCAAGUUUUAUUUUAGUCUCACUGUUGAUUAUGUGCACCUUAUUCUAUGAGUUUGUUAAAAAUUUGUUUUGAUUUGAUGUUGUACAUUAAUAUGCUCUAUCAUGCCCAUAUCAAUAUGUUGCCAUAUUAUACUCUUAAGAUGUUAGAUCUUCAAUCAGGCAUUGCUGCCCUUUAUUUAUCUGUGAUAUAGCUAUUGUCUGCAUCUUUAUAUUUCAUAUGUAGAAUAAAAUAUGAAACAGUCUAUAA